CAGGCCGUUAGCCUCCGUACUUUCUCUAGCGAUGAAAUCACUCCAUGCCUUGUUUAAACCACCCUCCUCUCCCACCAAAACCACAACCUCCUCCUCCUCUACCACCACCACCGCAUCAAAGACUAGAAAACCCGCAACCUCCUCCUCCUCCUCAAAUGCACCAAUUCUCUCUCCAAAUCCACCAGAAACCACCACAACCAUCUCCAAGACAUCAAAAAACAAAGCAAAGAGCUCUCUUUCUGCUCUUUUUAUUCCACCGACUCCACCCACAGAAGCCCAUUUCAUCUCUCUAAUUCACGGUUCCAAAACAAUUCUCCAACUCCACCAAAUCCACGCCCAAAUCAUCAUCCACAACCUCUCUUCAAGCAGCCUAAUUACCACCCAGCUAAUCUCUUCCUCGUCUUUGCGCAAAUCCAUCAACCACUCGCUAGCAGUUUUCAACCACCAUAAACCCAAGAAUUUGUUUACAUUCAAUGCAUUAAUUCGUGGGCUCACCACAAAUUCUCAUUUUUUCAAUGCCAUUUUUCAUUUUAGGCUAAUGUUAAGGUCUGGCAUUAAGCCUGACCGGCUUACAUAUCCGUUUGUGCUUAAAUCUAUGGCGGGUUUGUUCUCAACAGAGCUUGGUAUGGCUAUUCAUUGUAUGGUUUUGAGGUGUGGGAUUGAACUCGAUUCAUUUGUAAGAGUUUCUUUGGUUGACAUGUAUGUAAAAGUUCAGAAGUUGGGGUCGGCUUUCAAGGUGUUUGAUGAAAGCCCUGACAGAUUUGAUAGUGGGAGCAGUGCGUUGUUGUGGAAUGUGUUGAUUAAGGGCUGUUGUAAGGCUGGGAGUAUGAAGAAGGCUGUGAAGCUUUUUAAGGCCAUGCCAAAGAAGGAGAAUGUGUCUUGGAGUACUUUGAUUGACGGAUUUGCAAAAAAUGGGGAUAUGGAUCGAGCUAUGGAGCUUUUUGAUCAAAUGCCAGAGAAGAAUGUGGUUUCUUGGACCACAAUGGUUGAUGGGUUUUCUCGGAAUGGAGAUAGUGAGAAGGCGCUGUCAAUGUUUUCUAAAAUGUUGGAGGAAGGGGUGAGGCCGAAUGCUUUCACCAUUGUUUCUGCUCUUUCUGCUUGUGCAAAGAUUGGUGCCCUUGAAGCUGGGUUACGGAUACAUAAAUAUAUCAAGGAUAAUGGUCUCCAUUUGACUGAAGCACUUGGGACUGCCUUGGUCGAUAUGUAUGCCAAAUGUGGGAAUAUUGAGUCUGCAAGUGAGGUGUUUGGAGAGACAGAACAGAAGAGUAUUCGUACAUGGACUGUUAUGAUAUGGGGUUGGGCAAUCCAUGGACAUUCUGAGCAAGCGAUUGCAUGCUUUAAACAGAUGAUGUUUGCAGGUAUAAAACCAGACGAGGUUGUAUUUCUUGCCUUAUUAACUGCUUGCAUGCAUUCUGGCCAAGUAGAUAUUGGACUUAACUUCUUCGAUAGCAUGAGGCUUGAUUACUGCAUCGAACCCUCUAUGAAACACUAUACAUUGAUUGUUGAUAUGCUAGGCAGGUCUGGUCAGCUUAAAGAAGCCCUCAGAUUCAUUGAACGCAUGGCAAUGAAUCCUGAUUUUGUGAUAUGGGGAGCACUCUUUUGUGCUUGUAGGGCUCACAAAAAAACCAAAAUGGCAAAAUUUGCUUUAAAUAAACUCCUGAAGCUUGAACCUACACAUACUGGGAACUACAUCUUCUUGUCAAAUGCUUAUGCUGCUCUAGGCCAAUGGGAAGAUGCGGAGAGAGUAAGAGUUCUGAUGCAGAAUAGAGGUGUUCACAAAAAUAGUGGAUGGAGUUGCAUUGAGGUGGAGGGUCAAGUGCAUCGCUUUGUUUCUGGUGAUCAUGAUCACAAGGAUUCAAAAGCGAUAUGCCUGAAAUUAGAAGAAAUAAUGGCAGGUGCAGUGAAACAAGGAUACAUACCUGGAACUGAGUGGGUACUUCAUAAUAUGGAACAAGAAGAAAAAGAAGUUGUGUUGGGAAGUCAUGGUGAGAAGUUAGCACUUGCUUUUGCGCUCAUUUGUACUUCUCCUGGGAUGACUAUUAGGAUUGUGAAAAAUCUUCAAGUAUGUGGGGAUUGCCAUUCUUUGAUGAAAUAUGUUAGUAAGAUAAGUCAAAGGGAGAUCAUAUUGAGAGAUAUGAAGCGAUUCCAUCAUUUCAAGGAUGGAUCUUGUUCAUGUAGAGAUCACUGGUAAAAUGGACCCAAACCAUAUGAACCCAACAUCAUACCUCUAUGACAUAGUCUCACAUCUAUGGCAAUAGAUCUACAAGCUCAUCUGUAAACAUCACAUCCCCUGAGAUCUAAGACACCGGCUGUCAGAAAUCUGAGGUAAGAUAAGGAUGGCUUGGGUUGCAUUUUGACAUGAUUCAGGAUGAGGUAAGUUAAGGAUGGCUUGGGUUGCAUUUUGACAUGAUUCAGGAGCAGACGGCAUGGCAUGCUUGCACAUCCCCCGAGAUCUAAGACACCAGCUGUAAGAAAUCUGAGGUUUGUUGGUGGAACUGUUCCUCACAUGAUAAUGAUUCUAGAUAGCAUCUCAAUGGGGAAGCUUGGUUGCUCUGUUACUGGAGGAUUGCUUUGGGACAUCUUUGGUUGUUGGUUUGUUUGGUUCACAGCCAUUUGGAUGAAGCAACUAACGCAUGGAGGCUGAACUAUGGGGAGUGAGGAUUAAAGCUGGAACAGGACUUCAUUAAUCUGACCAUAUUAGCAGGCUAAAACAACAAAUUGUCUCGUCAAUAGCUCUCAGAUUUUCUAACUAGUUAGCAAUGUGGUUCAAGGGUUCAUGGUUACUGUCAUCAUUGAUAACAUAUUUAUCAAAGUAACUAUUCAAAGAAAAGAAAAAAGGACGUUCUUUUGAGUUACAAGAACUGAUGAACAGAUCUUGAUUGUGUCCCAUUACAGCAUGACAAUGUGGGAGAGGAAUAUCAAGGUCCAGAAGGGCAUGCCUACUUUUGUAUUUGACAUGAUUAAUGCCUUAAAAAGAGACAACACAGAAACUGAGCUACUAUCCAUCAUUGCUUGAAUGCAUGCAUAGACUAGAGAGCAAGAUCAAGGUACCCCCCCUCAUGUGCCUGAGGAUUGCAAUCAUGCAAAGCAAAUGGACCCUGAAAAUGUUGUCAAAACAAGAGCUAAAAUCCGAGAGUGCUGAAUCAUGGGGUCACGGUAGUCUACCAUUUGGCUUGGAGGGUAUGUUGGCUUGCAUGAGUAGACGCACAAUGAACCCAAGGCUAUCAUGUAUUCAUGAUUGCAAGGAUGGUGUUUUUUCUGUAUCAAUGAUUUUUCUUUUUCUUUC